AUGGACGCCUCAUCUGUCCUCUUCAAGCGUGCCGACCCAUGUGACUCUGGUAAUGAGUUCGACGGCCGUAUGGGCCUGCGUAUCUCCUCCAUCUUUGUGAUCAUGGUCGGCUCCAUGUUCGGCGCUCUUUUCCCGGUCUUUGCGCGGCGGUUCAGCAAGGGUGGUGGUUUCCCCAAGUGGGCCUUCUUUGUCGCCAAGUACUUCGGAUCUGGCGUGAUUAUCGCUACCGCCUUUAUUCACCUGUUGGCUCCGGCCGAAGAGGCUCUGACCAAUGAAUGCCUGACCGGCCCCAUCACCGAAUACAGUUGGGUCGAGGGCAUCAUUCUGAUGACCAUUGUGGUCUUGUUCUUCGUGGAAUUGAUGGUUAUGCGCUUCUCUAGCUUCGGCCAAGGCCAUGUCCACGACGAGGAGGGUCACACCCACACUCCUUUGGAUGAUCAUUCAUCCGUUGGCAACGAGACCAAUGAACCAAAGCAUCUAAUGCCGGGCGAAGAUCACCUUGGCCACUCGCGUGAACACCACGAUAACGAUGACACCGAAAACGACAAAGAAGCUAUUGAGGACUAUACUGCCCAACUGACCUCCAUCUUCAUCCUGGAAUUUGGUAUAAUCUUCCACUCCGUGUUCAUCGGUCUCACUCUUGCCGUGUCGGGAGCCGAAUUCACCACUCUCUAUAUUGUUCUCGUCUUCCACCAAACUUUUGAGGGUCUGGGUCUAGGCUCCCGUCUUGCUACCGUUCCUUGGCCGAAAUCCAAGAGAAACACACCAUACUUCCUUGGCUUCGCUUUUGGAAUCUCGACUCCGAUUGCCAUCGCUAUCGGUCUGGGUGUUCGCAACAGCUACCCGCCUGAGGGACGCACCACCUUGAUCGUCAACGGUGUCUUCGACUCAAUCUCUGCCGGCAUCCUCAUCUACACUGCCCUCGUCGAGCUUAUGGCGCACGAGUUCAUGUUCAGCCAGUCCAUGCGCCAGGCGCCCAUCCGUGACGUUCUGAUCGCAUUUUUCCUUCUCUGUGCCGGUGCUGCCCUCAUGGCGGUGCUCGGUAAGUGGGCCUAA